AGGCUGAAAAAACAGAGGUUCCAGGAGAGAGAAAAUGAACAAUCUCUCUCUAUCACUCACUCUCUCCCUCCCUCUCUCUCUCUCUCCAUUCAUAGAAAUGAAUAUGUCUAUACAUUACUUGUAUCAAAUUCAUACAGAGUAAGCAAGAAGUUUUACUCCAUUUCUGAUACUUUUCUUGUUCAUCUAACAAAGAUAGAUUGCUUUUUCACCAUGCAACGCUAGCCCAGCAUAUCAAUCUCGAUAAGCCGUCUGAUUCCACCUGUGUUCUCUCUCAAUUCCACUCGAUUUGAAUAUCAGGGUUUUGUAUAGAUGAAGAACGAAGACCAAGCAAGGUCUCUGUUUGGUAUUUCGCUAUCUGAUCAACCCAAAUGGCAACAAUUCCUCAUUUGCUCUUCUGGGUUCUUCUUUGGUUACCUCGUUAAUGGCAUUUGUGAGGAGUAUGUGUAUAAUCGGCUUCAUUUCAGCUAUGGAUGGUACUUUACUUUUGUACAAGGAUUUGUAUAUCUGGCACUCAUAUACUUACAGGGUUUCACUGUCAAGCAAAUGGUGAACCCUUGGAAAACAUACGUGAAUCUCUCAGCAGUUCUUAUGGGUUCUCAUGGACUAACUAAAGGAUCCUUGGCUUUUCUCAACUACCCAGCACAGAUCAUGUUCAAAUCCACAAAGGUACUGCCUGUUAUGGUCAUGGGUGCCUUCAUUCCUGGCUUGAGAAGGAAAUACUCUGCUAACGAAUACGUUUCCGCACUUCUUCUAGUAGUUGGCCUUAUCUUUUUCACCUUAGCAGAUGCGCACACCUCUCCAAAUUUCAGCAUCAUUGGUGUUUUGAUGAUCUCGGGUGCUCUAAUCAUGGAUGCAUUUCUGGGUAAUUUGCAGGAAGCGAUUUUUAAAAUGAAUCCGGAAACCACACAGAUGGAGAUGUUAUUCUGCUCCACGGUGGUUGGGUUGCCUUUCCUGAUUCCACCCAUGGUUUUUACCGGAGAACUGUUCAAAGCGUGGAAUUCGUGUGCUGAGCACCCUUACGUGUACGGAGUGUUGGUGUUUGAAGCCAUGGCGACAUUCGUUGGUCAAGUCUCUGUUUUGUCUCUCAUUGCUAUUUUUGGGGCUGCCACCACUGCCAUGAUAACAACUGCAAGAAAGGCUGUCACUCUGCUGUUGUCCUACCUGAUAUUUACAAAGCCACUCACCGAACAGCAUGUCACGGGGCUGCUGCUCAUUACCAUGGGAAUCCUAAUGAAACUGUUGCCUGAAAAUAAAGCCCCUACUCGAAUUCUAGUCUCGAAUGUUGUUGCCAAGCAUGGGAAGUCUUCCAUUAAAGAAGUAAAGAAGUUAAUCGAUAUUGGAAAGGAUGAAGACCACGAAGAGAAAAGGCCAUUAGUCUAAAUCUAGUUUGCUGCCGGUUGCUGUUUUGUUUCUCCUUUCCCUUGCAACACCAGGGGAUCGAGGUGUGAAAUAAAAGAAGAUAGAGUCUGUAGCUUUUUCCGUAUUGAAUCUGUUUCCUUGCUUAGACAUUUCUUAAGAUUUUUCUCUGUAAUGUGAAUAGAAAAUGAAAUUUUCAUGGGAUUGAAUCAUGGUUAGAGGAUUGUUUAGGUUUUUGAUUACAAAACCCCAAUGGGUUCAUAUCUUCUUCAAUAAUCAACCCUGUAUUUGCUUCUAAGUCUUGUACCUUGUGCACAGAAAUAUAAAAAACUAUUCUUCAUUUCAGAUA